GACGGCACUGCAGUAGGAGGCUCGGUGAAAACCCUCUUUACGUGUGUUGGAUGAGUGUUGCCAAGAAAAACCAGCCAGUUAGGACCUCUUUCUGUGUUAUCUGUCCCUUUCGUGAGUUCAAUCUAUAAGAAAGUCGUUACUGACUAUUCUUUUUUUUAUCGAAAGAGUAACACUUUACACUUUUUUUUUACGGACAAACUUUACAAAGGAGUAACAACCAGCUACAGUUAAGUAAGCGACUUCUGCUUUUGGCGGCAGGAGGUGUACGUUCAGGAUGGCCCAGUGGAACCAGUUACAGCAGCUGGAGACCAGGUAUCUGGAGCAGCUCUACCACCUGUACAGCGACAGCUUCCCCAUGGAGCUACGCCAGUUCCUUGCACCCUGGAUCGAGAGUCAGGACUGGGCGUACGCUGCCAAUAAGGAGUCACAUGCCACGCUGGUGUUCCACAACCUCCUGGGAGAGAUCGACCAGCAGUACAGCCGUUUCCUGCAGGAGAACAACGUGCUCUACCAGCACAACCUGCGGCGGAUCAAGCAGCAUCUGCAAAGCAAGUACCUGGAGAAGCCCAUGGACAUCGCCCGCAUCGUGGCCCGCUGUCUGUGGGAGGAGCAAAGACUGCUGCAGACCGCCACCACCGCUGUACAGGAUGGUCAGGCAGCACAUCCCACCGGGACGGUAGUGACAGAGAAGCAGCAGAUCCUGGAGCAUAACCUCCAAGACAUCAGGAAGCGGGUGCAGGAUAUGGAACAGAAGAUGAAAAUGCUUGAGAACUUGCAGGAUGACUUUGACUUCAAUUACAAGACAUUGAAAAGCCAAGGAGAGUUGUCCCAGGACUUAAAUGGCAACAGCCAGGCGGCCGCUACCAGACAGAAGAUGGCUCAGCUCGAGCAGGUGCUGAGCGCCCUGGACCAGCUGAGGAGGCAAAUUGUGACGGAGAUGGGAGGCUUGUUAACCGCAAUGGAUUACGUACAGAAGAACCUGACCGACGAGGAGCUAGCCGACUGGAAGAGAAGGCAGCAGAUCGCCUGUAUCGGAGGUCCACCCAACAUCUGCUUGGACCGCCUCGAGACAUGGAUAACGUCCCUGGCCGAGUCCCAGCUCCAGAUCCGCCAGCAGAUCAAGAAGCUGGAGGAACUUCAGCAGAAGGUGUCCUACAAAGGAGACCCCAUCGUCCAGCACCGGCCCGCCCUGGAGGAGAAGAUAGUGAACCUGUUCAGAAACCUGAUGAAGAGUUCCUUUGUGGUGGAAAGACAGCCUUGUAUGCCCAUGCAUCCGGACAGACCCCUGGUCAUUAAAACGGGAGUGCAGUUCACAAAUAAAGUCAGGUUGCUGGUUAAGUUUCCUGAACUCAAUUACCAGUUGAAAAUUAAAGUUUGCAUUGACAAGGAAUCGGGAGACGUGGCUGCAAUUCGAGGGUCACGGAAGUUCAACAUCCUCGGUACCAACACAAAAGUCAUGAACAUGGAGGAAUCCAACAAUGGCAGCCUGUCAGCAGAGUUUAAACACUUGACCCUGAGAGAACAGAGGUGUGGAAAUGGUGGCCGGACCAACAGCGACGCCUCUCUGAUUGUCACAGAGGAGCUCCAUCUCAUCACCUUUGAGACAGAAGUGUAUCAUCAAGGUCUGAAGAUCGAUCUGGAGACUCAUUCCCUGCCUGUGGUCGUCAUUUCCAACAUCUGCCAGAUGCCCAACGCCUGGGCUUCCAUCCUGUGGUACAACAUGCUCACUAACCACCCAAAGAAUGUGAACUUCUUCACCAAGCCUCCGGUGGGGACGUGGGACCAGGUGGCCGAGGUCCUGAGCUGGCAGUUUUCCUCCACCACCAAGCGGGGGCUCACCAUCGAACAGCUCACCACACUGGCAGAGAAACUGCUCGGGCCGUGUGUCAACUACUCAGGCUGUCAGAUCACUUGGGCCAAGUUCUGUAAGGAGAACAUGGCGGGCAAGGGCUUUUCCUUUUGGGUGUGGCUGGACAACAUAAUUGACCUGGUGAAGAAGUAUAUCCUGGCCCUGUGGAAUGAAGGGUAUAUCAUGGGCUUCAUCAGUAAAGAGAGGGAGAGGGCCAUUCUGAGUCCAAAACCUCCCGGAACCUUCCUUCUGCGCUUCAGUGAGAGCAGCAAGGAGGGCGGCAUUACAUUCACAUGGGUGGAGAAAGAUAUAAGUGGAAAGACCCAGAUGCAGUCAGUGGAGCCCUACACCAAGCAGCAGCUCAACAACAUGUCCUUCGCCGACAUCAUUAUGGGCUACAAGAUCAUGGACGCCACCAACAUCCUGGUUUCGCCUCUCGUGUACCUCUACCCCGACAUCCCCAAAGACGAAGCCUUCGGGAAGUACUGCAGGCCCGAAACGGGUCCUGAGCCGGAGAUGGGAGGAGACCCUUUGAGUGUUAUUCAGCCGUACUUGAAGACAAAGUUCAUCUGCGUCACACCGUGUCCCUCCGUGUUCAUGGACUUGCCGGACAGUGAUCUGCUUGGGGGCGUAUUCCCAGGGACAAACUCUGGAAACACCAGCGACUUGUUCCCCAUGUCGCCGCGCACGCUCGAAUCCCUGAUGCACAACGAAGCCGAGCCUAAUCAGGGACACAUGGACUCCCUCACGCUGGACAUGGACGUAGCAUCACCCAUGUGAAGAGCUUCGUUUCUUUAUUUCCUUUAAUGGGAUUCGAUAAUGUGUAUCGUGAUAGAGGAUAUUAAGAUGAUUUUUUUAUUUUCUCCCUCUGUCUCACAUAAUUUGCCUGUACAGAUCCUGUGUAAAAAAAAUCAUUUCUCUCUGAAUGAUUCGUAAAGACGUUCCCCGCUCUUUCAGACUCGCUCUGAGCACUGAUCCGUUGUAUUUUAAGCAGCAACCUGCUCCCAGUCAGUACUUCCACAUCUGCACAUACGUCUCUUGUACCUUCUUAAUUAUCGGGAAUUAUAUUUUUGAAAACAUUGUAUUGACUUUUUAAAAAUGUUCAUAAAUUCAUCUGGGGGUUUUUUCCUUUGAAAAAUAAAUGUGACAAGAAUAAUUGUUGUGUAAACUAUGGCGCUUUGUACUUCUUUUUUUUUUUAUAUGCAUUUAAUGGUCCGUUUUAAGUGUGUUCUUUUUUUCCAUUACUAACCUCAGCAAAAUGCUUUGUCGCAGGUUUCCCACAACCCCUACCUUAGUUUCAUUUGAAAAUCACUCAAAAUGGAUUAUUUCUUUUAUACUGUGUUAUUCAGAGCCAUUACAGUAGAGAGAGGAAAACAAAAAGGAAUUUGAGACACUCGUGUGGUUAUUUUUCACGUACGAUUAUUCCCUUGUUAUUCUGUGAUACAACCUGUAAAAGUGGUGUUCAGACAGUGACUUUAUCGCUAACACUUAAAUACUGUCAUUUGUGAUCACGUAAAUUGCACUUACGUUUGAAAUGAGCAAGUUUAAUAUGUUUUGCUGUGCAUGAAUUGACCUGACAUGACACGUAUAUCAUGUAAAUCUUUCUUUUCAGAGAAACCAGUUUAUUUUUGACCGCUCGUACCGUCGAGACAACUUGUUGGUCCGUCAUGCCAUGAAAUGGAAAUGUCGGCAGGAAUGCCGUAAAAUAGGCUGUAACUUUUCAUUAUUUGGCAAUAAAAAAAAGUUAGUCCGUAAAUGAGGUUGAGUCAUAUGUUGGUGUAAUUAAUUUCAUGAAGUGGUUUUAUCCAUCAAAAGGAAUAAACAUGAAUAACUUAUUAAAGCA